AUGGCGCACCCCCAGGCAUUGCUGGAAGCGCUGGAGUACGGCCAGGCCACGGGGCAGCUGCAGCACCUGCCGGAGCCCCUACAGCAGGAGGCCCGGCACCAGGGGGCCAGCGCCAGCAGGCUGCUGUGGCGGGAGGUGGAGGAGGCAGCGGUGCGGGCCCAGCUGCAGCAACUGGAGCUGGCCCUGGCAUUGCCACCGGGUGAGGUGGCGGCGACGGACGCGGACCAGAUUUCCCGCCGUACCGCCCUGCUGCGGCCCAAGGGCGACUUUGUUGCCCAUUGCUUGCGCCCGCAUCUGCCCGCCAUCCGCACCCUACUGUCUGACGGUGGCGAGCUGCGCAAACCCUCCAAGCUGGUGCUGAGCGGGCAGCAGCGCGGCUUCCGCCUGCCCCUCACCAGCCCCCUCGCCGCGGCGCAGCAGGAGCACCCCCGCUACAAGCAGAACUUGAUGCGGGCGCGGCGCAUGAUCUCACGCACUGUGGGAAUCAGUGAGGAAGAGGCGCAGGAGCAAUUCCUAUCGGGGAGCGUGCCACCACCCAUCCAGCUGCCCAACCAUGCCUCUCUGGCCAAGCACGAGGCGUGGGCGGUGGAGCAGGUGGAGGAGUGGAAGCGCUCUGGCGCGGUGAAGGAAUGGCCUUUUGAGCAGCCGCCCCACCAUGUGGCGCCUCUGGGUGUGGUGGAGGAGAGCAAGCUGGGGGAGCUGAAGCGGCGCCUCAUCUGGGAUGGGGUCGUGAUCAAUUGCCAUACCACCUACACUCGGCACUGGACCUACGUGGGCUUCUGCCUCAGGGGCAAGUAUCACGUGUUCACCGUCCCCGCUUUUGGGCUGGCGCUGGUGCCCUACUGGUACACCACUCUCAAGCAAGAGCUCUACCUGCCGCUGCGUCGGCGCGGGAUACGCCUGUCGUCACUCAUCGACGACACAGCAGUGUUUGCCAACGGUGGCAGCCAGGGGGCGGCGCUGAGCUUGUGCCUGCAAUUGCGCUACCUGGGCCUGAUGGUGGACACCGAGCAGAUGGUGUUCAGGGUGCCCGAUGACAAGCUGGGGGAGUUUCUGGAGGAGGCAGAGGCGGCCCUGCAGGAGCGCGCGAUGACGGGGCGGCAGGUCCGCCGGCUGGCGGGCAAAUUGGUGUCCUUCACGCUGGCGGUCCAGGGCGCGCCGCUGCUCUUUCGGGCACUCUUCCACGCCGCCAGGCCCGCGCGGCGCUCCCCUCCCAUACGUGAACUGACCCCAUAUAGCCCUGUUUGA